ACGAAGAAGAAAACACGGAAACAGCAUCAACACACAAAAAGACAACAGGAAAUGGACACGCGGUUCACUCGAGGGAAGUCCACCAUCCUGGAGCGGCCCCUGAGCCGACCCAAGACGGAGGUGAGUCUGAGCGCCUUCGCUCUGCUGUUCUCCGAGAUGGUCCAGUACUGUCAGAGCCGCGUGUACUCGGUGUCGGAGCUGCAGGCGCGGCUGGCAGACAUGGGCCAAAGGGUGGGAGCCAUCAUGCUGGAUGUGCUGGUGCUGAGGGAGAAGAACGGGAAGAGGGAGACCAAAGUGCUCAACAUGCUGCUCUUCAUCAAAGUUAACGUUUGGAAGUCUUUGUUUGGGAAGGAGGCCGACAAGCUGGAGCAGGCCAACGACGACGACAAGACUUAUUACAUCAUCGAGAAAGACCCGCUCAUCAACGCCUACAUCUCUGUGCCCAAAGAGAACAGCAGCUUGAACUGCGCCGCCUUCACUGCAGGCGUGGUGGAGGCCAUCCUCACGCACAGCGGCUUCCCCGCCAAGGUCACCGCCCACUGGCACAAGGGCACCACUCUGAUGAUAAAGUUCAAUGAGUCAGUUAUAGCCAGGGACAAGGCCCUGGACGGCAGAUAAUAGACGACAGGGGAGGGAGGGGUGAAUCGGUCCGGGGUUGGAGUCUGGUCCUGAUGUGAGAAUAUCUGCGGCUCAGCUUCUGACUGAUCGCUGAUGAGCCUCUGUAGAUAACAGCUCUGCACUAAUCCUUGUGUAGAGCAGAAAACAUGGUUUUACCUCACGAAACAGUGCAAAACUUUGUUUUUAUUCAUGAUUUUACGUAACGCAGCUCAUAAAAAUCUCAUCCGGUGGACGAUAAAACUGAUUGUUCUGAUUCUAAAGUGAAACCAGCUGAGUGUAGGUCCUGUACCGUGACCUGGGUGGUUGUGGCUCAGGAUGGAAGAGCACCUACUGUUAUCCAUGAGUUGGUGAAUGUGACGUAAAAAGAUUUUGAGUGGACCAGAAAAACACUGUUUAACUGCAGUCUGUUUACAUUUAACUUUUUCAUUUACAUCAUUUCACACUGUUAUCCACUAAUUAAUGAAUAAAUUGUAAUCUUAACCAAACAAAAGGCAAUGAACUGGAAAAGAAAGUA